AUGGAGCUCGAGUGGAGGCGGAGCAGCGGUUGGUGGCGCAUGGCCGAGCAGCGGCUGGAAGAAGUGGCCGACGCUGGCCUUGGCCGCAAAGGUGGUUGCAGCUUCGGGAGGCAGUCGGAGCUGAAGCAGGGGCGCCAGGAGGCCGGAGGAGCUGUCUUGGGGGCGGCGGAGUCCGACGAGGACGAGGUCUGGAGUAGGGCACCGGGGUACACUGCUGCUGUUGGCCGAUCAGACCCUAGUCUCUUCCACCCCGCGCCGCCGGACACGUCCGGUCCGGCCGGACGAAAGCCGCCGACGCCCUCGCCCAACCAGAGCACGCCACGUGGCGGCCCCGUACACCACGCCGCCGCCGGCCCGCGAGCCCGCGUCUGGCCCGCGGAGCCCGCGCGCCUCCGCCUCCUCCUCUCGAGCGCCCCCGCGCCCGCGCCGUCCUCGCAGCCGCUCCGCCGUUCGCCGCCGUUCCCGCCCGCCUCCGCCGGCCGCCGUAACUCCGGCGACCUCGCCGCUGUCCGCGCCUCCGCCUCGACCCCGGAGCCCGCGCCCCGCCGCCACCUGUGCCCGCCGACGAGCCGCCCCGCUCCUCUCCUCCCCGACCCGCGGCACCUCGCCCCGCUCCUCCGACACCGGCCGCCGCCUCUUUUGCGGAGAGGAGCUCCGGCCACCGUGCGCCCCGAACCCUAG